AUGAAACUGAUGAGGCAAAAUCAGGAUUUUCUAAAUAAACAAUUAGUUCUUCAAUGUUGCAGAAAAAUAUGGUUGGCUAUUUUGUCGAAAAGAUUUCCACAUUUGGAAUUUAUAAAAACUCAUAGUGUUAGAAGUUUGGUGGACAGUUGGAGGAAUCCGGCGGUUAUUAAUGUCUUGGUCGAAAUUAAAGGACGAUGUGAUAAAGCAGCGAUUCGUGCAGCUGUCUCGGAGCAUCUCCUAAAAAGAAAUUAUGCUUCUAAUAAAAUAUCUGCAACUUGCAAACAUCUCCGAAGACAAUUGACCAGUUGUUGGGGGUCCAGUGCCUGGGUUCAACCAUCUGGGGAUGAAAUCACCGAAGAUUUAACAUUCGACGUCACUCGGCAUGUUGUUUGUGCUCCUAAAAUCUUCCGAGGAAGACGGGUGAAUGAGGCUAAUAUCCAGGAAUAUGUGAGUUCUAUCACCCAAAAGUACUUACCAUCAAACCAACCUCCUUGGCAGAUUGUAAUAGUGCCCAAUAUAGUUUCCUUGGAAGAAAAGUACUACAUCGUGGUACGAAUGCACCAUUUACUUUUAUCCAAGGAGCAUAAACUUACCAUCGGUGACUUUUUGAUGCUGAAACCAAGGACUAAACGUGAUUUUACAACAACCUCCAUACCUAGCACCAUACAGGAACGAACUUUUAGCAAAAAGUUGCAGCCUGAACGAAAAAAGUCUAAAAAGUUGCAGAAGACAAGGAAAACGUCCAAGGGUCACGCACAUUUGCAAGAACCUAAACCAACACAUAAAACUAUGAAAAAACCUUUGGCAUUACCUACUGAUGAAGACGUGCCUUUUAUUGACACAGGUAGUAACAACCCUAAAAUCCUGAUAACUUCAGAAGAUGCUUCACCAUCAACUCAAGUUGGUGAGGAAAGUUUGCAUUUACCAGAAGCCGAUCAAAACUUAGACGAGCAGAGUCAGAUAUCCAAAGAAACUCAGAAAAUUUUAGCUGAACGUAAACAAAUGGACUACGAAGAAUACAUCCUGCCAACUAUACAAGAUCUGAAAAAAUUCCUGCAAGUUAAAGAUAAUUCUGGUUCACAAUCAGAUUCCGAUGUUUUAAGCGACGAGGACGACUUGACAUCGUCGACUUUACAAAUCAAUGUGGAUCCUAAAAACACUUUGAAUUUUGAAAUUUUGGAAAAUCUGGAGCAACUGCAAAUGAUAACUGAACAACUGUCUAAAGUUUUACCAGAGAUUUCAUCUACUGGAUCACAAUUAGAUCAUAAAACACCACUUUUGGAAAUUUUUGAAAAUCCUGUAGCUGCUCCUGAACUUGUACGAAGGAUCAAUUUAACCUUUGAUGAAUUGUGGAAGAAAUUUAGAAGCAAAUAUGAUCCUUUGGAAUGGAGUAAUAGACAAAGUAUUGGGGUUUUUGGUUUGAUGGCUGUUGUUUUAAUUGUUUUUGGAACUGUUUGGAAAAAUUUGACAACAAAAGAUAACUUAGCCAGAAACAACUUGGUUUCUAAAUCCUGGUUUAUCAAAUCAUCUUUGCAAAAAGAAUUCGCACGCAGGGACAUCAAAUUUACCUCAAUUUUCUCAGCAGUUUUUACGUCUAUAAAUCCAAUAAAUUUGACAAAAUUUUAUAUAAAAUUUUGGAUCCAAUUCAUAAUUAGUAUGUGCAAGUUUCCUGUACGUGUAGUUCAAGAAUUUUUAGCUGUGGCUUCAAUUUUGAAAAAUGGAUUUUGUGCAUAUACCAACACCUGGUCGUAUACUUUAUGGGAAUAUACACCACUAGUUUUUGGAUCUAUCCGGGAAUUAGGUUACAUUUUCUCGGUCAUCUACAACGCUCCCAUAAAGAUUUUGGGCGAACUUUUACCACGCCGAUCAAGAGAACCCUUCCACACUUUGCAAACGGUAUCACUUUGUGGUAGAAAAGUGGUAGCCUGGUCUCAUUUCGUGAAAACUGAUGUCAUCACUGCCAUAGCCCUUAGGACUGGUGUCAAUAACACAGAAGUGAUGUUAUCUGCUGCUUGUGGAGCCCUAGGAGACUUUUUCAGGGAGAACGAUGUCCCUGUUCCUGGUCAAGUUGGAGCCACUAUUAGGCACGUUGCCCAGGAUUUUCUUCUGACGCCCUUUUCGCCCAAUAGGGAAGGACAUAGGGACAGGAUUGGAGGAGUUGUUUGUGUGAGUCUGCCUAUGAAGUUCACUGAGGACCCUGAUGACUGUCUGAAAAACUUACAAGAAGUGAAAAAAUCGUUGGAACACAGUAGAAUAAACCAGAAGGCAAUGUACUGCCUUUCCCUCAUUCAAACCAAAUACGGUUUGAUAACAAGAACUUUACCAGGAGUUCUUUCAAAAUUAGCAGUAAACUAUUUGAGCAGAAAAUUUGCAGUCACAUUUACAGAAGUCGGUCCCAGAUUUGACGAUGAUGCACUGGAUGAUGCCAUAUUUGAAGAAGACGAGCUUUUAUCUGAAGAUCACAAUGGUUUCUCCAAAUGUCCGAUGGAAACAAGAUGGGGUCACGAAGUUACCGGAGUUAUGUACUGGAGACCUCCUCAAGCUAAUAUCAGUAUGUCUAUAACAUUUCAAACUUAUGGUUCUCAAAUGCGUAUGGGAGUCAUGGCAGAUAGCCAAUUGGCACCACAUCACUCCAAAUUAGCAGAAAGUUGGUCCCAAAGAAUUUUACAAUUGGCUAAAAAAACUGGAAUUGCAUGUGACAUCGUUUUGAGGGUACCAGAUUCCCAAGAACUUUCCCAAAACGAAGAUACCGAAACAAGUCAAACCAGAUCCGAAAUUUCUAUUUAA